UACGAACUCUAAUUGCAUUAACAGCUAAUGCAUUGGUCAAUAAAUCAGUUUGAAUUCUAAAGUAAUUUAGUUUUACAUGUUUCAUGUGUUUAGAGUUUGCACUCUCUAUUGGUCAAUUAAAUUGGAGAUUAGCUUCUCAUCUUCUUCCUCUUUCUCUAUAUCUCGUGAUAAACAUAAAUUUUAGGCUUAUCAGUUGUAAAAGGUUCUAACUUUUCCUGCUUUGUAAGUCAUAAGAGAGAAUUGAGCGGAAAGGAGGAAACUUUGAAAAAUCAGAGAAAGCCCUAAAAAUGGAAGCCGCCGAUCAAACGGUGAUCUGCGAGUUGCUUGCCGUCGACCUCAGCGACGAUUGCUACAGAGUCUGUUCUCGCUGCGAGAGAGUGCUUCCUGGAGAUUACAACAAUGGCGUUUCCUCUUCUUCAUUUUCGUCGUUAUUCAGAUUCUGCAACUCCAAAGAACCCAAAUUGCUCUACCUUAUCCUCAUAUCUAUAGCAACAGAGACAACAGUUAAAACUGUGAUAUGUUUUGAUAGAGCAGCGACUCUUCUCUUUGGUUGCUCAGCCGAUGAGUUCUUCCACUUCACCAAGCUCAAUCCUUUAACCGCAACUAUGGUUAGUCAGGUCUUUGAUGGAGAGAUGCUUAGCUUAGGAUGACGUUGACUCGGCCUCACAACCUAAACGCACAACACAUGAGAGUUGCUUCAGUUGUUCCUCUUCGAUCAGGAUUUCAACCAGCAAUAAUAACACUGAGACAGCUUUGAACCACAAGGAACAUUGCUUCUUUUGGACAUCACAGUUUCUAAUCUUGGAUUGAUUCCAUUGCUACAAUCAUAAGGGUACAAAUAUUUUCAGCACGAGUUCUACAAUGGAAAAUGAGCCUUUGAAGGUGAGUCUGAGUUGUUCUCCAAAUACACAAUCCAAGGUAAUGUAUGCCUAGAACCAUAACCAGGCAAUUCUUCUCUGAAUAACAAUUAAGCAUCACGUGGAAACAACUCAGAAAUGAAGUCCAGAAAACAAAAAAAAAGCUCAAGCAAAGAUGGUGUUAUGAUGUUGGAUAAGAAUAUUUGUAUGGUUCUCUGUAACCUAGAGAAAAUAUUUCCUCCUUCAUUUUUUGAUAUCAUGGAGCAUUUGCCAAUUCACUUGCCAUACGAAGCUAGCCUUGGAGGAUCUGUGCAAUUUAGAUGGAUGUAUCCCUUUGAAAGAUACAUGGGCCAUCUAAAGAAAAAAGUAAAAAAUAAGGUAAAGGUAGAAGGCUCGAUUGUUGAACAAUAUAUCAAUGAAGAAAUAUCUACUUUUUGUAGCUUUUACUUUGAGGUACACAUCGAAACAAAAAAUCGAAGAGGAGAUCGACACUAUGAUGGGGGUAAUCAAGACGCCACACAUGAAAUUCCAGAUAUAUUUUCUCAAACCAGGGAGGGGCAGUGGUAAAGAAAAGGAGAUAUGGCUCCAAGAUAAUGAUCACCAUAUCGCAUAUACAUAUAUUUUGCAGAAUUGCGAUCAAUUGAGACCAUUUGAAAGGUUAUUCGAUGAAAGAAUGAUUGCAGCUAAUCCUGGGAUAAGCGAAAACAAUCUAAUUGUGCUUAGAGAAAAAGAAUAUUCAGGAUGGUUACAAAAACAUAAUGCAAAUGAAGACCAAGGCCCAAUACAAACGAAGAAAGCAAUCGAGCCCAUUAUUACUCAACAACGGUCGUCUUCUUCCUUUGCAACAAAAGACAAAGGUACCAUUGUACAGAAAAGUAGAACGGAAAAAUCAGCUGGAGAAAACUGUACGAUUGUACUGAAUAACAAAUUUGAUUCUUUCUUAUCUUUAGAGAAUAGCUAGAUGUUCGACACUUGUAAUCAGAUCCUAAGAUCAGAGAGUUCCUUAAGGUGUAUAAAAGGAACCUCUUUGUAAGAAAAGAAAUUAAGUUGAAUAACAUUGAAAUUUCAGUCUAAAACUCCGUUCUUUGUUUAUUCACAUGGCAUCAGAGCUCUCCUAAACCUUAACAGGUGCUGUCAUGGCUGAGGCUCUCGAUCCUUACCCUUUCCCUUCUAGUCUUCAUGUUUCCAGUUCUGUCACACUAAAGCUCAAUGAUAACAAUUACCUCCUCUGGAAAACUCAGUUUGAGUCUCUUCUUCGGAGUCAGAAACUCCUUGGGUUUGUCACUGGCCAAAUAGUUCCACCGGCGGCUACCGUUACAGCCACGGUUAACAAUGUUGUCGUCACGUCUCCAAAUCCAGUUUUUGAAGCUUGGACCUGCACUGAUCAACUCAUCAAGUCGUGGAUCUUUGGCACUCUUACAGAAGAAGUGCUUGGUUAUGUCCAUGGUUUAGCCACAUCUCAAGAUGUUUGGCUCUCUCUUGCCGAUAACUUCAACAAAAGCUCUGUUGCUAGAGAGUUCGACCUUCGUCGCCGACUCCAGUUGUUGUCAACUCGAAACAAAGAUUUCCUGGUUUAUUGUCG